GCAUUAUGACUGCUUCGACGGGAAAGCGAUCUUUUCGCGCAUGCUUGCGUUGUCGUCGUCGGAAGACAAGAUGCGAUUUACAAGGCACAGGUGAUCGAAAGGAACCACCGUGCAAGUCCUGCCAGCUCUCCAACAACAACUGUAUACUUGUAGGGUCGCGACGAGGUCAAUGGAGAGGCCAAUGUGACCCAAAUCCUCAAAACAGGACCGCCAGCAUACCUCAUUCAUCGACACAUGAGAAUGGGUCCAACGAACCAGCGAUAGGGUCAUCUCCAUCUCUACAAGAGGCCACUGAGUUGCCGAGACAGACUCAAGAAUCUUCUGGGGUGACCCACACCGAUCAUGCGAGGCAUGUUGAGCUGCGGAAUCCUUCUGAUGCACUUGAAUUCCUCUCACGUUCAGACAAUCAUGCUGCUCCAAUAGCAGAUUCUACCUCAAAUAGAAAUCAUACAGUAAACAGUACGUUUACUACAUUUGAUGAUUACGAAUUAGUAAAGACUGGAGUGUUGUCUAAAAGUACUAUCUUUGAGCUACUGCAAAUCUAUUCCAGUAUAUAUCACCCCUACUGUCCGAUAGUACCACAUUGGUUUCUUGACCGCAGAAAGGAUGAACGGAUUCAAGAGUCUGAGCACUUUCUACUGUCGUCCCUGUUGACUAUUGCGUCACGGGACUCGCCACGUUUUGUACUUGUUCACCAUUCGUGCUGGAACUACGUUCAGAGAUUGCUACUGGAUGUCUUCUUGUCUCGCUCAUCGACCUCGACACCCCGCACAGUUGAAGGUCUCCUGAUUUUGGCAGAAUGGCUCCCACAUAUUGAAGUUGCAUGCUUGACUAGGGUCGCGUCUGGCGAGUUGUUUGGAGAGGAUAGGCUUGCGUGGUCUCUAAUAGGCCUUGCAAUUCGGCAAGCCUACAUGAUUGGCUUGGAUCGAGGUGCUUUCCGUGACAACAGCCAACUAGCCCAUGGCAAGCUAAAUGUGCAGAAGAGAUUGGUCUGGCAUUUUGUCUAUCUAGCUGAUCGACAUAUAUCCGUCCGCUUGGGUCAAUCCUUCUGGUCCCGAGGGCCAUCGUUAUCUUCAGACUUUACUGCAGAUGACUUUCCUAGCCUUAAACCUAAGUCAGGAGAUCAGUUUGAUUACUCGCAGCUACUACAAGCCAAUCUCGAACUCGUGCAAAUACUCUAUAAUGCCCAUCUAAUUCUGUAUCCUUCGGCAGAUCGUUCGCGAACACUUGUUCGUGAUGGCAACUAUGCCCGAUAUCUUGACGAUUUCUCUAAUGCUGCAACAACGUGGAAGACUUCAUGGGGGCAUCUAGAGGGCUCCUCGGGAUUACAAAGCUGUCUCUUCAUCACCUAUCAAUACGUCCGCCUGUAUGUCAACGCGUUCUCUUUUCAGGCAGUGUUGAAUCGCGCUACCGACGAUUCUGGGUCCCCUUGUACGAGCCAACCGUCAUCUAACCAGCCGCCCUUGAUUGGGGGAAUAAUGUCUUCGCCAGAUGGGGUUUAUAUCAAUAGUGCUAUUGAAGCAGCAUUAGGUCUACUUGGUAGGCUGGUAGCUCUAGACCCCUGCAACGACCUUCGCUUUUUACCAUCUCGGUUUUACCUAUAUGGGAUAUAUGCUGCUGUUCUCUUACACAAGGCAAUUAUUGCCGAAGCAUUGACGGCUUCUAGAGAUGCCAAUACAGUCAAUAGUCUCUUUGCUCAGCUUGUGUCAAGGCUUCGAGAAGCUGCAGGAACAGAAACCCAUGUGUGUCACACAUAUGCCGGGAUGCUGGAAAGACUUCAAGCUACUACUGAUUGCUAUAAACAGACAUACUCUCUAUAUAAAGGGAGUAAGGAAGAUUGCACCCUAAUAGUAAAGGACCAGGUAUCUCAACAACAGGAUGUAGAGUAUGCCUUUCCAAGUAUCGAGCCUGACUCAAGUACUGAACAGCUAUAUGGGACACAUGAGUUGUUAGACCCGGAAGUACCCUUUCCAGGGCUACUUGAUGAGCUUACAGUAAGCUCGUUCUGGCCUGGACUUGGAGAUUUUAUAUAGAUAAUACAGUACUAGAAUAUAG